CAAGUUCAGGGCUCGGUCAUCCUCAAGUCAACCUCACUUCAUUAAAAAAUGGCCUCUCCGCUUUUACGCAUUCCAGCUGAACUACUAUUUCUCAUCAUCGCCGACCUCGACUUCCCUGGCCUAACGCACCUCCGAGCCACCUGCCGCACUUUUGCAUCUAUUAUUCCUCCACAAUAUUGGGAUCACGAGGUCCUAGCCAGCGCAGACGACAGCUUAUGGGCUGUGAAACACAACCGACUCACUUGCGCAUGGUGCGAACGCAUGCGACCAGCAACGCUUUUCACCGAUAAACAGAAAAUACGAAGUGCUAGUUCUCGCGCCUGUAUUGACUGCCUCUUGCCACCAGACUACAACUGCGACUACAUUGUUCCGAAAAAUGCGCACAGAACAUGCUUUUCGCGGGAACGGAAGCCCAAGAUGGAGGAAAGGAAGAACAACAUUUGCCAGUACUGUCAUAAUGUUUUUCCACGAUGGGGGUGCCGAGAUGCAUUGAGGGCCGUCUGCUGCGAGUGUUUUAAUGAGGACUGGGAGACAACUGAUAAAAGAAUAAGGGAGAUUUUGACAGUGGAAAACUGUUUAAAAAAAAUUGGCCCUGGGUUUUGUCACGGCCAGGGAAACGAGUAUGAUUCGUGGGAUUUAGAGGUUCUUAGGUCUACGGAUCCGGACUAUUUAGGAUAUAUGGCUUUCGGUUGCUGCAGUUAUUGGUUAGGGGAUGAUGAGAUACCGACAUGGCGGGAAGAAUGGAGAGGGGUCACUACUACGAUAGCACGAAACUAAUAAUAAAAUAAUAAUAUUUAAGCUCCA